AAUUUUCGUCGAGACGACAACGAAGACAAACAAGCAAGCAAGAAGUCGUGUGAAGAUGUUUGGGCUGCUUGUUGUGGUGGUUGGAGCGCUGGCUGCACUGGCUGGUGUUCCGGCCACAUCAGCUGUUCCUGCGCGGUUGCAUCGCGCAGAUCCCUGGACGAGCGUGUCGGAUGUCCUGCAUGCCGGUGUCGUGGACCAUGCGUUCCCGGGCGCAGUGGCACUGGUGGUGAACAAGACAGCGACCAUGUACUCAAACGCAGUGGGUGCAUUCACCUACGGCCUUCCUCCGCCAUUCAGCCAAGGCAACCCAGCCAUGCACUCCGACGCCAAGUUUGACCUUGCCAGCUUGACAAAGGUGUUGGCGACUACGACAGCGACGAUGACGUUUUAUCAGCGUGGCGAGCUGCAGCUGGACGAGCUUGUGUCGUCCGAUCGCCUGCUGGGUGCUCCCUACGCCCAAAACGGAAAAGGCCCCAUCAAGGUCCUCAACCUCCUCCUGCACAACUCGGGAUACCCGCCUGAUCCGUACCCCGGGUACUGGUCCAAGGCGUUUGCUUGUCCUGCAACGCAGCAGCGCGACCCGCCGGAGGUGUUCACGUGCCAAUCGCAGAUCUUCACCGCCCUCAUGAAGCAGACGCUGGAGAACCCCAUCGGCAAGAAAUACGUCUACUCAGACCUGUCGAUGAUCACAAUGAUGUACGUUGUCGGCACCCUGGCCCGCCGUCUCAACUACAUCUCGCAGGCCCAAGUUAGACCGGACUGCUUGGCCGGCGUGGACGUGAGCAGCAUCUCAGACACAGCCCACCCCGUCGACCAGUGCUACUAUGAGGCGUACGUGCGCAAGUUUGUCAUUGAGCGGCUGAACCUUGAUCACACGGGAUUCCUUCCGCCAAAGAACGAGUGGGGCAACUGUGUACCGACGUGGAACGACACAACUCCAGAUGCGCCGGGCCCUGGAUACCGCAACCGCGUCAUCCAAGGACAGGUGUCGGACCAAAACGCCUAUGCCCUGGGUGGCAUUGCCGGGCACGCGGGCCUGUUCAGCACCGCAGGCGACAUUGCUGUCCUUACGCGACGCAUUUUGUUUGCAGAGCACGGCGAUGACUUUGUCAACAAAACCACCGCACACAAGUUCACGACGGCCUACAACCUGACGCAGUCCAGCCGCGCGCUCGGCUGGGACACGAACAACUACCAGAUGAACACGUACCGUGGGUGCGCCAACCUCUCCUCCACGACAUUCACGCACACGGGGUACACGGGCACGGAGGUUUGCAACGACCCUGAGCGCGGCAUCAUCACGGUCCUGUUGACCAAUCGCGUGUACCCAAAGGCGGACGAUGAGUCCGAAGCAAAGAUCCACGCGUACCGACAGAAGUUCAACAACGCCGUCAGGGCCGUCGUCGACGCAAUGUGGGCUUGAGCGUGGAAGUGUGUGUGUGUGUGCGUUGUGUACGUGUGUGUGUGUGCGUUGUGUACGUGUGUGUGUGUGUGUGUGUGUGUUCUUCACUAGCCUCUCCUUCCUCUUGUUAGUUGAUGUCUUGUUUCAUCAUUUUCAAAGAAUACAAUCCAACGUCGCAGA